AUUUUACGCUAAUACUAUCAAACUUAUUUAGAGAACUAACUUUAUUCUCUUAAUUUGUUGGUAGAUUGGAACAAAGCAGAAAAAUGAGACAUGACCUUGGUGAUAAAGAACCCUGGUACAUUUAAUUUUGGGAGACAAUUACCUGUUUAUGAUCUUCACUGGAAUUGCAUGCAGAGAAUUGAAGACUCGUCCCCGUGCCAAACAGGUCGUACAGAAAACGUGAGAGUUGAAGUUAGAGAUAGCCAAGUAUUGGCCCAAGUAGGUCAAGCAUUUUAUGUUAUUGGAGAUGAAGGUGAUCCAAACGAUCUUCUGAACCAAUCACCUGGAAACACAACGGGAUCGUUUACAUUUGAAGGUAUCAAUCCACCAGAAGAUUUAAUUCCAAAAACAGUAAUUGAUGAGUUUAGUGCUGACCAACGAACAGAACAAACUCCUUGUACUUCAAGACUACGAGGAAUACAAGUGCCAUCCCUAACGCGUGCAAAUGGAAGCAAACGUUUGUGGGAGUUUUUGCGUGAUCUUUUGAAUGAUCCAAGCACAAACCCUUCUCACAUUAAAUGGACUAAUCAAGAGAAAGGCGAAUUUAGAAUGGUAAAAACAAAAGAAAUAGCUCGAAUGUGGGGUGAAAUCAAGAAUAACGAACGAAUGAAUUACGAAAAUAUGAGUCGUGCAAUAAGAUAUUAUUAUAAACGGAAAAUAAUGGAACCUGUAUUAAACAGGCGACUUGUGUACAGAUUCGGACCAAAGUCUCAUGGAUGGAGACCAUCAAAUUAGAGCUGCUUGUUUGGUGUUGGGUAUCUGUAUAACUAUUUUACAACUGUAACAAAACGGGUACAAAAAAUCUAUGUCCAUUAAAAGAACAACAUUACGAGGGUCGGAAAGGGUGAAAACAUGUGCACGGACGAAGGUUAAAUUAUGUCACCGGUGCAAUUUUAUCCAAUUGUACAAACUACGACGAAUGAAGACAAGUCACUGCGAAAGAUCGUGUAUUAAAAACAGACAUGCAUGUUGCAAGAAAACAACCCUUAAAAUCCUCUUACAUUGAUCACUUGUUUUUUUAUACGCUUGAAUGGAAUAACCACAGAUGUGAACUUCAAAAUUCCAUGGAUAAAAUGUAGUAUAGACUGUAAAAAUAAUCGAACCUGGCGAUUGCUUGGUUCGGAUGUUGGAUUACGUUUGAAUUUGUCAGUUUUAUGGACAUCUUUUUUUUUAAUUUACCUUGGAGUUCGGUAUUUUUGACAUACUUUUUUAGUUGUAUCUAAUUUUCAUUUAAACCAAUGGAAAAAGUAUACUAACAAUCAGAAAAGCUGUCAAAUAUUAUAUACAUUUGAAUGACAGAUGUACUUAUAGAUUUCUGACACAAUCAAAUGAAUAUAUUCUUUUAACUAUAACGCACUGUCAAAUGGCAUAAAUAUUUUAUAGCAUAUCCAAUAUUGACGUGUAUUGCAUUGUGUCGGAUUGUGGUUUUGUUCCAAAUAAAAUCCCAAAAGAAUUAUCCAACCAAAUUAAAAGUAUUUUUAUGUGCUGCAAUAUGAAGUAUGAAAUGUCAGAAACUACUGUUGAUAAAUAUGCAUAUUUAAAACGCAAUACAAAGAAAUGUUCAUUAUCUGGUAUGUUUAAUGUUUUAAAGUGGCUGUCUAUCUAUAAUGCCGUCCGUCAGUCACCACAUUGGUGGCUUUAUGGUGCCUUAAUUUUCUAUCGGAUCAAUGCAAUCUUAAAUCAGGUUUAAUUUUGGGUUAUUUUAAAUGAAAAAACAAAUUGGAUUGGUGGAUGUUGAUGAUUACUACGACUAAAGACAGACACAUUUGUAGACAAUGCUCCCUUGCAAGUAUUCUGUUUUAUGGGUAUUUGAUUUGGCGAAUUCAAAGAAAUGAGGUAUACUUCCAAAUCAAGCAAUGCAAGACCCGAAAUCCACUUUUUAACACAAUCUCUUUAUAAAUAACAUGUUUCUAUUUAUAAAUACCGGACGAUUUCAACAAAACAAAUCUUAAAAGUUAAUUCAAUCCAUUAUGAAUAAAUUAAUCUGACCUUUUUAUUAUAUAUAGAAGCCAUUUACAAUAAGAUAUUUACCUUACUCUCUUUAAGGAUUUGUUAUUUGGGAUUCUACACUUCACCCGAUAAUUUACGACAGUUGAUCUAUGACAUCAAACUACAAUAAAGUUCUUAAAUGGUGUCGAAUAUUAUUCUCUGGUGACUUAAACAAAUUAAAGGAUCAGUAUUUGUUCAUAUUUCGGAAGAUCGACAAAUAGCGAUGAAUUGCACUAUAGGCAGAUUUUACCAAAAUAAAGUUGGGGUGUUGGGUAUGGAAUAGAAAACCACUUACCUGUCAUAGAUAAUAAGAUAUCACUUUACGUGUUCUGGGCAUUUUGCAUUAUAAUGUUCAAUGUAAUCAUGUUUGAUUGUUCAAAUCGUUGUAUCACUUUACGUGUUCUGGGCAUUUUGCAUUAUAAUGUUCAAUGUAAUCAUGUUUGAUUGUUCAAAUCGUUGUAUUUUAUCUGUCUCUUAAUUUUACUUGUAAAAAAAAUAGUUUAUAUUUUUAUACUGCUGUGUAUGUAAUGUUGAUAAUUGUGUUAAAACCAAUAACACUGCCAAGUUACAACGAAUCUCAUUAAUCAUUCAUUAUUAUCCAUAAUGAUCAUAAAAGAUCUCAAAGGAAAACAGUAUUAUAUCAUAACCUAUGUUAGUAAUAGUAUCAUUUGUUAUAUUUUUGAUAAUAGAAUGAUUAACAUCAUAACAUGUAUUUGAUUCGUUGAAGUUUACUGACACUGCAGUUUCAUAUAUAUAUAACGCAAAGUAGUCUCACAUAAUGCUGUUGACGUGUUCUAUAUUGCCAUGUAUUAUUCUUUUGCUUCAUGAGUUUUAAUUCUCCUCUAAAUCUUAAUUUGACUUUACUCAACUUAAUAACCAAGACAUUGAUUCAUUAUGCCAUGACAGUAAAACCUUGAUUCUCUUUCAAAGCUUUUGGUCAUCACCAAACUUUGCUAUAAACAGCUGUGUGUUGUCUGUGAAGUAUUUACUCUUAACUUAACUAGUAAGUGAAUUGUCUAUACAAAAGGCAAGACAAUAUGUAAACCUCUUUACUUGUUCCAUGAUUUAGCUGGGAUAAGAGGGUCUUAAUACAUAUGUCCAUCAAUAGCUCUUAAUAGGUUUCAGUGGCAUUUACAUGUUUUUGUGUUUUGUACGUUUUCAUCAAAUCAUAGACCAUUUUAUUUUGUUGUGAUCUCUAAUUUUUCAUUACACUUCAUACAAAUUCGAAAAGUUAUAAAUUCAAAAUAAAAAAGACAGAUUUUACCUGUUGAGAGAGAUUGAUAGCGUAAAAGUUAUCUGCAAUGCAAAUAUAGAACAACGAUUAAAAUUUGAAAGAGAUUAUCUGUUAAUAUAGGUACACAUUUUUAAAUGAACUACAACGAUUUAAAGGUGAAGGAUAUUAUCUUUUAUUUUGGAUACACACUCUUUAAUCGUCGAUCUAUGUGUUUGCUAUGGUUUGUCAGUCUUUAUUCGACUUAAGAGAUUGAUUUUUCCUGUAAUUAUCUUCCGUAUCAUUUUAUCAUUGUAACAAAAUUUUACUACUCCGAAGCAAUGUUAUCUUAUUUUUUAAAUAAGAUUUACAUUUUAAUAAUGAGUUUUUUUUUCGAAAAUGCAUACACAUAUCUAUUAAUGUCUCUUUCCCGAAUUGAUUUCUGCAACAAGGAUUAUGAUGAAGCAGUUUUUACCUUUAUUUUGUAUUUGUAUACAAAUUGUACUGUGAUCUUUGUAAUUGUUAACUUAUUUAAUGCUGGUUGUAAUGAUUUACUGGAGAUCUUUGUAAUUGUUAACUUAUUUAAUGCUGAUUAAAAUAUAAU